GAAUAAUUAGUAAGAAGAUCAUCAUGAGUGCUGCACUGAUGGUGAUGAUCGUCUGCAUAAUCAGGUCAGGUCAAGGUCAACAGACUGAGGAACUACAGUACAAGAUUCAGGAGGAGCAGUUACCCUUCACCUUUGUAGGAAAUAUUGCCAAUGACAGUAACAUUAGUGCUGAAGUGACUCCGGUUAUGAUGACUAAACUACGGUUCCAAAUCUGGAAUGCUGGAACUACUGCCUACGACAAGCUGUUCCGAAUCCAUGAGUCCACAGGCCGUCUGGAGACUGCCACAGUGAUAGACAGGGAACAAGUGUGCCAGCCCACCAGUAACUGUAUUCUGAGUCUUGGAGUGGCUGUUUUUAAACCUGAUAAUGAGUUGAUCAAAGUUAUAAGAGUGCUAGUCACUAUUGAAGACAUCAAUGAUAAUGUGCCCUUGUUUCCUCAGCCCUUCAUAUCCCUGCAGGUCUCAGAAUCCAGUGAGGUUGGCCACAUCCUUUUAACAAACACUGCACAUGACAGAGACAGUGGAAGUCAGAACUCAGCUCUUGUCUAUGAGCUGUUGUCAGGGCAACCAACAUUUAGUGUGAAGCCUGUUCCAGAUGUAGAUUCUAGUGAGAACCUAGGAAUAGUUGUGGAAAAGAAGUUGGACAGAGAAGUACAAGACUUUUAUCAACUGGUCAUUGUUGCCAAAGAUACAGGGACUCCACAAAGAAAUGGAACUCUUCGGGUCAACAUCACUGUGCUGGAUGCUAAUGAUAACAGGCCAAGCUUCCUGAAUAGCUCUUACAACAUUACAAUAUCAGAGGACCAGGCUGAAGGGACAGUUAUCUUACGGUUAUCAGCUGAUGAUGAGGACAUAGGGGACAAUGGGAGGAUCACCUACGAGUUCAGUUCCCGCACAUCCUCUCAGGUUAAAGAGACCUUCUAUUUAAAUGAAACUAAUGGAGAAAUUACAAUCAAGAAUUUACUGGAUUAUGAGCAAGAGACUAAGUAUCAGUUUGUUGUAUUUGCUAGAGAUAAUGGCAUACCAUCAUUGUCAACCCAAGUAAUAGUCAACAUCACAGUACUCGAUGUCAAUGACAAUGCUCCCCAGAUCAACAUUAAUUUACCACCAGGGGGCACUGGUGUAGUGGAGAAUGCUAUCAUUGGGCAGUAUAUUGCCACAGUAAUUGUUUCAGAUCCUGAUGAAGGAGAAAAUGGUACUGUUAAUUGUACUCUUUCUAAUGAUGACUUCAAUAUUGUGAAAAUGUACUCUAACAUUUUCAAAAUUACCUUGGGUAGUCGACUUGACAGAGAAAGAGUGGCAGUUCACAAUGUGACAAUCAACUGUUUUGAUUUUGGAAAACCUCCCAAAACCAAUAAGACAUUCUUUUAUGUUAAUGUCAGUGAUGUGAAUGACAACUUCCCUGUGUUCAGUAAGAGUAUUUAUAAAGUUGAUUUCCCAGAAAACAACAUCAUUGGUGAUGUGGUUGUUCACGUCUCUGCAGAAGACAAAGAUGAAGGGGAGAAUGGCCGAGUCACCUACCUGUUUAGCACUUUGCAGUCAGACUUUGCCAUCAACCCUACCUCUGGAAUCAUUACAGCAAACAGAGUGUUUGACAGGGAAAACAUCUCAAAUGUCAUGUUUCAAGUUGUUGCCAGAGAUAAUGGAGCCAAUGGACAGAAGUUUAGCUCCACAGCAACAGUUGUUGUCCAAAUACAAGAUAAAAAUGAUGAAUAUCCUAUUUUUUCGCAAUCUAAAUAUGAUAUCCUAGUAGCAGAAGAGCAACCAAUAAAUAAAACCAUAGCACAGUUCUCAGCUUCAGACAGAGAUAGAGGGAUAAAUGGAGAAUUUACCUUCCAAAUAGAGGAAGGAUUUUCUAAGAUUUUUACAAUUGAUGGAACUGGAAGUUUGAAAACACAGGUUCUUCUGGAUAGAGAAAAGCAGGAGGAAUACCAUUUUCAGAUCUAUGUCAUCGACAAAGGUGACCCUGCUCUGACCAGCACUGCAAAUGUCUCUGUGUAUCUACAGGAUGUUAAUGAUAACCCACCUACAAUUUACUACCCCAAUGACAGGAACAAUUCCAUCUCCCUGUCCUUGCAGAUUGUGCCAAAGACCAUCAUUGCACGAGUGAUUGCCAAUGAUACAGACAAAGGUGUCAAUGCACGUCUGACUUACCAGAUCAUCCAAGGGAACAUCAACAACCUGUUCUCUAUAGACAACCGGACUGGUGUAAUCAGAGUGGAGCGUUCCCCAACAGAGGAGGAAGCAGGGACGUACAAUCUUGUCAUGGCUGUCACAGACUCCGGGGACCCCUCCAAGACUAACUGGACUCACCUCGUAGUCAUCGUUGGAGAAAAAUCCAAUUCCCAGAAUCUAAUCAUUGUUAUUGUAGUCUGCUCCAUUACCAUGGUGAUCUCUCUGGCUCUAAUUCUCAUCAUCUGCAUUAUUCGGAAGAGGGACAUUAAAAAGUAUAAAGACAAAGGAAACCAGUUCAAGACCCCACACAAAAGCUUCCUCAAAAAAUGCUUCAACUGUGUGACAACUGAGAAACAACCAAAAGAACUGACAAGUGAGAACAACAACAAUAGAUACUUGGUGCCAUCUUCCGGUUCAUCUGAUGAUGACAAAAUGUACACACAACUGGUAAGGGGAAGUAAGCCUGAGCUUACUCGAGUUGACAGUGGUAUUGGGGAAAACUUACCUCCUGACAGUGGUAAAGGUGACAGCGUCGAUGUUGGCAGUGAAAUCUACAGAUCUGACAUGGACCUCUCCUCCAUUCCACCUUCUGCUGGCUUUACUGACAAAUCAACACACUCCUUCUCGCCUGGUCACUCUGAACAGGACAUUCCAAAUAACUCCCCCUGGCAUCAGAAAGCAAGAGUUACUUUCAAUGAUUACCAGCGAAACAUCAGUCUUGAUGAACAAAUGUUACGACGGAAUCCAAAGCCUCCCAUUUACUUUGCCAGGUUCAGAUCCAGUUCUGAAUCUGAUAAUUUAACAAAAGACUCCUCAACAAGUCAAGAUAAAUUAGAUUUGUCACACAGUUCUUCAUUCAAGCACAAUAACAUAGACCUCUCUCAGUCCUACUCUGGACCCUUCUUCUCAAAGAGUCUGGACAGAAGUAAUAAAAAUGUUCAUUUUGCUCGAGCAAGACCACAAUUUUCACAUCAGCCGUCUCGAUCUGCUGUGAGACGAGAACUUCCUACUAUAAGUGCUUCGCCUGAUCCUUAUGAUCCGAUACAGGAGCUCACUGAGAUCUCGUACCAGGAUACUGAUACAUACAGAAAUCCUCCAAAUAAUAUCUAUCUCAGGGACCAGGGCUCGCUCCAUGACAGCGAGUCUCAGAUUUCCCAGGAUCCUUCACUGGACUUCAAAGGGAGGAUAACUCUUGCAGACAGUCAGUCGCAGCACUCCAAUGACACAACGCUGGCAAGUUUUGCCAUCAAUCCUUCAAAUUUUGAAAGUGUGUUCAAUACUGAUAUUGUUGUGUAACAUAAGUUUUUAAGUUUACAAUGAACUUGUGAGACAAUCAAACAUUAUCUAGUGCCAUACAAAUCAUAUGUAACAAAUGUAAUGGUAGUGCUAACAAUGUUUGUGAUAAAAGGUACAUUUGUUAAAAAGCAAUGAUCUCAUUGUGUGUAUAUAACCAUUGAAACUGUAGACAGUUUUUUUUAAAUGAAUUUCAAUAUUUUAAAACAUUUUUUAU